AUGUCUGUAACGAUAUGCCAGUCCAUGGGCUUCGUGGUGUCCGCUUUAGGAAUAGGAGGCAUCAUCGCGUCAACGUGCAUGGACCAGUGGAGCACCCAAGACCUGUACAAUAACCCGGUGACGGCGGUGUUCAACUACCAGGGCCUCUGGCGCACAUGUGUCCGGGAGAGCUCUGGCUUCACCGAAUGCCGCGGCUACUUCACCAUCCUGGGGCUGCCAGCAAUGUUCCAGGCUGUGAGGGCCCUCAUGAUUGUGGGUAUCGUCCUGGGCAUCCUUGGCCUCCUUGUGUGCAUUUUCGCUCUGAAAUGCAUCCGUAUCGGCAACAUGGAGGAUUCUGCAAAAGCCAACAUGACUCUGACCUCCGGCAUCAUGUUUAUUGUUGCUGGCCUGUGUGCCAUCACUGGAGUGUCUGUGUUUGCCAACAUGCUGGUCACAAACUUCUGGAUGUCCACAGCCAACAUGUACCAGGGAAUGCAGAACGUCCAGAACAGGUACACCUUUGGCUCAGCCCUCUUUGUUGGCUGGGUGGCAGGUGGCCUGGCCCUUGUAGGAGGCAUCAUGAUGUGCCUUGCUUGCAGAGGGCUGAUUCCAGAAGAAUCCCGUUACAAAGCGGUGUCCUACAAUGCAUCGGGACGGAAUAUCUCCUACAGAACGGGGCCCUAUAAGGUUGGUUCAGGGUACGAACCUGAAACAAAGACUAGGAAGAGUGCAGGAUAUGAAGAAGCUGCUCGAAGUGAGGAUGGAAGACGCUCGUACCCUUCAAAAUAUGACUAUGUCUAGCAGACUUUCUAGGCUUGAGUUGUGCUAUCUUUUAUAAAAUAUUUUUAACUUCAAAAGCAAAAAGUAUAGGCAAACAAAGCAGUCUAAAUAGGAUUGUGUUUUCUAUCAUGUUUCCCUACUCUGAGGUUGUAUUCUAGCUUGUUAUGAACAUUUAUUUGACUGCUUGUUAGUAUGCCUACCAUAAGGAGGUCUAUAACAAAAGCAAUGCCUUUUUAUGCUCUCAGAGUAGCACAGUUUGCUCAUAUUUUACAUAUAAACUCUCAUAUCCAGGACCAGGAUUGUGCCUUGUGCCCUUUUCUAAUUCUUCUAAUACAUUAAAAUUCCCAUUGAAUAAUAGCCCAGAUCUAAAAGCAAUGCCACCCCGUUGCUGUCUUCCCUUUGAGCAGGCUUUCAUGCAAUUAGGCAAUGUCAUCCCCUACUUUCUCAGAGUUUGGAGAGGUGAACAGUAUCCUGUGACCUUGGUGUCCUCUGUUCACCAGAAAAAACAGUGUUUUGCUGAAAUGAUAGUGUAUCUUUGCUCUGGUUUUG